AUGCCUCCUAGAGGUCGCCCUCGUGCGGCCGCGGCCGAAUCCGAUUCUGAAGUGCUUCCCGACAGGCCAUCCCCAUCGUCCGUCGAGGACCGCGAGCCUCCUCCGCCCUUCUUCAACACCACCUUUUCCACCCAUCGCGCAUCACCGCUCUACGCACUGUCGCAGCGCUUACGUGACACGCUCGUGGGGGACGUCGUCAGAGGUGUACAGGUCGGCCUGGAAGGCAGCGACAGCUCUCUAGGACGCGCCGGUCCGCUGGAAAAGGUCGGUAUUCGAUGGGUUGGUGUUGAAGCUCUAUUAGGCGGCGCCGACGACACAGACCCCGAUCUGAGUAGAGAUCUGAGCAGCGAUGCCGUCGAGACCGAUGAUGCCGUUAGCAAGAAGAGAUGUCUUGUAUUCGAGAUGAGAUACGAGAACGCGCUUUGCACAGCUGUGCUUCUACCAUCGCUCUCCGCAAAGACCGCGGAAGAGUCUCCCGCCGGACUGCAAUCAGCGAAUAGCCUCGGCGUGCCCGGGUUGCUUGCCAGUAGUGGCUCAAAAGAUGACAGACACUUUUUGCUUCUUCCUCUACUUCUCCUACGUAUGCCUGCUCCUUUGAAAACGGUUGUUGUCGACUUUUUGUCAAGCACAUUCGACUGCCGGAUCAGUCCCUUGCGCCUGGGUACGAAGGGCCUGGCUACGGCAUGGGAACGAUGGAUCGAAGAUGCAGGCCUCCCUUCACAAGGCCCUCUGGCAAAAGACAUGGUCUUGACCCUGGGCUUCUACAUACCACCCGCAGUGACCUCAGAUGGCACUGACGAACAACCUCCAGACGGGCUUGGAAUCAAGUCCAUCGACAUCAUCAUACCAGCCGAGGAGCUCAAGCGAUUUACAAAGGAGGGGAGAGCGCUCACGAACCCGAGAAGUAUCAACAAGACAGGGCUCACUCAAGGCUACCAAGACGAUCCGAGAAAGAGAAAGAAGCUCGCGGGCGGCAAGGCGGACGAAGGAUGGGGAUGGGUUGACGGCCAAGGAGAGCACGAAGAAGCAUUCUUACAUGCCUUGGGUGCCUACUUGGAAGAACAUCUCGCCCUUAAUCUCUUCCAUCCCGGCGUGAGAGUCACCAAGAUUGCUUGCGGCGGGUUCGUGCUCUCAGAGGGGCGCGUCAAGGUGUUUGUACCACCUGGCGACGAUGAGGAGGUUUUUGAACCGGUCAAACACCUGAUCGGCGACCUGAUCGCCAGCGCCAACUCCUGA